AUGAGUGAUUCAACAGAAUCAGUUUUGAAACGAAAAAAGAAAUAUACGACUUUAUUUUCAAAUGUUUCUCAAGAAGAAGCAGAAAUUAUACUUGAUUUUCGAUUCACUGAAUUUUACAAUUCUCAAACUUCAAUCAAUCGAUUUAUCACUAAAUCUGCACCAGAAGAAUUGAAGAAAAAAUUAUUUGAUCGAUUAGUUGAGCGACUUAUAUCAGAAGAUUUUCCAGAAGCAACAAUUGCUCCACUGAAUGAGUCUGUUAUCACAGAUUAUGUUGGACAGGUUUUGGCAACGAUGAUUGCUCAUAUCGAUAGUAAGAUGGAACAUCAUCUUUUAAAAUUAAGACGAGAAAAGCAAAUCAUCAGCAAAAAUGAUAAAUAUGAUGAAAAUAUGGAAUUUAUGAUAACUCAAUCGAUUGAUAACAAAAACACUCGUUAUGUUAUUGUUGUUGAAGCAAAAAGUGAUUCACUUGGAAAAGAACUUACUCAACUGUUAUUAGCAUUAAAAUCCAUGUCUGAAGUAAAUAAUGAUCAAAAGAUGGUCUAUGGAUUUGUAACAACAGCAAUUCAGUGGCAAUUAGUGACAUAUAAUGGUCAAACAUGGAAAUUAUCGGAACCAUCUGUUCUUUUAUUUGCAGAUAUGGAGAAACAAGAAGAUUGA